AGUUACACCUUGCAUGUUGUCUAGUCGUAGCGGGGGCGGUGAUAUAUUUAUUUUUAUCUCGAGUUGAUAAGGUGAUGUAAUAUUUAAGAAGAUCAAAAAAACCUAAUGGUAUAAUAAGCUAUCGUGAAUAUAGGAUGGACACUGACGAAUUUCGCCAUAUUGGGAAAAACAUGGUAGAUUACAUAUGCAGCUACAUGGAAAAUAUUGAUACAAGAAGAGUGACUCCAAAUAUCGAACCAGGUUACCUUAGAAAAUUACUACCUGGUGACGCUCCAGAAAACCCUGAAGAUUGGGAAAAAAUUAUGGAUGACAUCGAAACGAAGAUCAUGCCAGGAGUCACACAUUGGCAACAUCCAAGAUUUCACGCUUAUUUUCCAAGUGGAAACUCGUACCCUUCCAUUCUUGGAGAUAUGCUAUCGGCUGGAAUAGGUUGUAUUGGGUUUUCUUGGGCAGCCAGCCCAGCGUUAACUGAACUGGAAACGAUAGUAUUGGAUUGGUUGGGUAAAGCGAUAGGACUGCCGGAUCAAUUUUUAGCGUUUAAAGAAGGUAGUAAAGGUGGAGGAGUUAUACAAACAUCUGCUAGUGAGUGUGUCCUAGUUUCUAUGUUGGCGGCAAGGGCUCAAGCAAUUAAAAGAUUGAAGCAACAACAUCCUUUCGUCGAAGAAGGUUUACUCCUGUCGAAACUCAUGGCAUAUUGUUCCAGAGAAGCGCAUUCAUGCGUGGAGAAAGCCGCUAUGAUUUGUUUUGUCAAAUUAAGGAUUUUGGAACCGGACGAGAAGUCAUCUUUGAGGGGAAAAACACUUUUAAUGGCCAUGGAAGAAGACGAAACUAUGGGUUUAAUUCCCUUCUUCGUAUCAACAACUUUAGGAACAACUUCCUGUUGCGCUUUUGAUAAUUUGGAAGAAAUAGGACAAGUUUGCCAGAAAUUUCCGUGCGUUUGGUUACACGUUGACGCAGCAUAUGCCGGUGGAGCUAUGAUAUGUCCAGAAUUAAAAUAUCUUCUAAAAGGAAUAGAUUACGCGGAUUCCUUCAAUACGAAUCCAAAUAAAUGGCUUUUGACUAAUUUUGAUUGCUCAACGUAUUGGGUCCGAGAUCGUUUAAGACUAACUUCGGCGUUGGUAGUCGAUCCUCUCUAUUUACAGCACGGCUAUUCAGAUGCAACCAUAGAUUAUAGACAUUGGGGAGUUCCGUUGAGCAGAAGAUUCAGGUCCUUAAAAAUAUGGUUCGUGCUGAGAAGUUAUGGUAUUUCUGGUUUACAAAAGUAUAUCAGGAAUCACAUAACAUUAGCCCAUAGGUUUGAAGAGCACGUAGUUAGGGAUAGAAGAUUUGAGUUGUGUAAUGAAGUGAAAUUAGGUUUGGUAUGUUUUCGAUUAAAAGGAAGUGAUAAAUUAAACGAAAAAUUAUUGAGUAGUAUAAAUGCAUCUGGUAAAUUGCAUAUGGUUCCUUCUAAUGUCAACGAUAAAUACGUAAUUAGGUUUUGUGUUGUUGCCGCUAAUGCAGAUGAAGAAGAUAUAGAUUACGCUUGGGAAGUGAUUAAGGAAUUUGCCGAAGAACUAUUAGAGGCCCAAUCAUCAGAAAAGGAAAGGGAAUUGCAAGAUGAAGUGUUCGACCUGUUGGAAAGAAAGAAAAAAGAAACUUUGGCUCACAAACGUAGUUUCUUCGUACGUAUGGUUAGUGAUCCUAAAAUUUACAAUCCUUCAAUAGCCAAAUCUCUCCCGUCUACCAGAAGACACGUGACGGAAACGGCAGACUCUCCUAUGUCACCAGAUGGAAACAUUACUAUAGAACCACCCUCUAUUCCUAGGUCUCGGGCAGUAAAAUUACAUUCUUUAAAAAGAAGCUCGUCUUGGAUCAGUUGGCCAUUAGCAUUUUUAUUCCAAGGAAUAGCUGAAGAUGGUUCUGCAAGUGACUUGCCUCUAAGGUUUAGACAUCUUGAUACUAAAGUAAGAUUGAAGACAUCAGGAAAAGGACAAAACGGAUCUUCUCCAUCGGUUUCUCCAGACGGUGAAAAUAGCAGAUCUCCAAAAAGAUCUCCUUCGUCGUCAAGAAGGUCAUCUCCAGCUGGAUCCUCCUAAACCAUUAAUAGCUCUCUAUUAUAGGGUGAUUCUUUAGGAGAAAUUUUAAAUCUAAACAUUUGGGCAGAUGUUUCCAAAUGUACCAUAAUAAUCUAGAAGUUUAAAUUAACUAUCCCAGAUCGAGAUCAUAUUUACGAGGUAGGUCAAAGUUCGUUAGAAAAAAGAUUUAUCUCUUAUCUAUUUUCACAAAUAAUAAAAUAGUAGGCAAACUGUUAGAAACAUUUUUCUAAUAUCCUUAGAUUCUACAGGUCUUAAUGAAAAGGUAGGUUAUAAAUUGAGCCAAUAUAAGGGAAUCAAAAGCAUCUUGAUUAAAUAAAAGUUACCUUAUUCUAACUAUUGGAACAUAAACAAAAAAUUACAUCCCUUGGAAGGUACAAAAUAGAUUUAUUUUGAUAUGUCAAGAAGAUUUUGUAAUAAAAAUGCAUACAUAUCUCUCUUAUUAUAAGAUCAUCUUGUUCAUCAUCCAUUAAUUAACAAAUAUAUUUGGUACCGUUUUAUAAAGUAAAAUCGAUUUAUUUAUCUAACGAAUUUGAUUUGCACUUCCAAUGAUUUGAUACCUCAAUUAUGGUACCACGAUACACGUUCACCUUUAUGAAACCUCAAAAGCAAAAGCCAGUAGUAUUAAGACAUCUAGCUGGUCAAUAAAUAGCUGUAUCAGGGUCUUUUCAAUUCAAUAUCCAAGAUAAUACCGUACAUUUUGUCUACAAUUCCCUCUUUCUACUACUUAUAUCAAUCGUGCUGUACGCAGCUCUAGUUGGAAUAUACUACCAAGAGCUAUAGGUAACAAUUCCAUGCUCAGUAAAAUAUAGGCUUGACGCAUGUAGUGAAAGACACUUAGUAUCUCAGAAGUCAGUAGACCUACCGAGAAUAGUACUAGAAGAUUAAGAGAUCGUGAACUAAAUUUUUGACACUAAACAUUUGACACGACCAGCAAUGCAGAUUCCAAGAAGAAUAAUAAGAAAGAAGAGGAUUCAGCUCAUGCCACCCCCUUUACGCGUGCUACUGGUAUGCUUUGUUUAAAAGAUUAAAUGGUAGAGGAAGUAUGUGGGACCCGAGCAGGCGCUAUAUGCAAAUAUUGCAAACAGUAACUAGCACGUGCGCAUCUAAUUAAAUAGUAACUAACCUAUAAUUUCUAUAAUUUAGAAUUUACAUUAAUUUUCGAAACUUUGGCAUUGUCGUAAUUAUAUAUUUGAAUUUUAAUCUAAGAUCUACGGUAAAAGAUUCUGCAAUAAAUUAAAAAAAUAAAUUUUUGAGGUCGUAUUAGUUGCAAAGGACCCGUUGCCAUCUGAAGUUAAAAAAACAGAAGAUAUUCCCUAUUUUGUGAUUAAAAUGAGCUGAUCUCAUAUUUUUCUCAUCCUAUAUUUUCCUCUUCCAAGAACACUGGUAAAGUAUUUUGUAAGAACAGGAAUUAGUAGGCACCAUUUAAGUUAUGUGGAAUAAAUAUUAAUUCUAUAAAAUCAUUAUUCAUAAUACCUGCCCAAAAUCAUUUAAAGUGUGAUUUAUCAUUUAACGGAGUAUGAAUAAUGGAAACGAUAUUAUGAUUUUUUUCCAUUAAGAAUCAGUCGCUAAAGCCGAUUCUUCCAUAAUAAUCGCCAUCUAGUCAUUCAUGAGCCAAGUGCAAAGGAUGGAGCUUCUGUUCAUUCACUCUUCUGUAAACCAUUAUGUUAACGACAGUUUAUCGACCGACUAUUACCCUUGUACUUCUUCUAGAGUUAUUUAGACCAAUUCUUCAUCAUUUAUAUCAAUUUUUAUUGGAAAUAAAUAAUCGUCUGUCUACUGUAAUACGAUUAAAUAUUUUUUCUGUACCUAUGAUUAUCAGAAUUACAGAUAAUUAUCUGAAACUUUGUUUUAACCUGACCUGUAAACUAUCUGUAAACACGUAAACCAUUAUAACAAAAAGUUGAAUGUAAUAUAUUGCUAUAUAAUUCUUAAACGAACUGUUUAUUCUUUAAAAACUACAAAUGCUGAACAACCAACUACAAAAUUUUUGCCAGAAAAUACAAAAAAUGAUGUGUGGUGUCACAAUAUUGAUUUAUCUGUACAUUAUAAUUGUGGGGUUUUAGACGCCCAAAACAUUUUAUGCGAUACCAAUUACGUCGUUUCAUAUAAAAAUGCUGUUAAGAUAAUAAAGUCAUGUACUAAUUAUUAUUGCAAAGAGUUAAAAGAAAUAUCGGAAAAAACUGAUUUGUAUGAAUUUUUUUAUGUGGAAGUGAAGUUAUGUUUAAUCGAAGUUUUUGAUCCUAUAAUACAUGGUUCAUUUUAUGACAUACUUUCCUGUUACAUCCUCUAUAAGUUGCAACAAUGUUAUUAGAAUAAUGUCAUGUGCUCUCCUAAUUUAGUUAAAUGCUCUCUAGAAAUAAACGUAUGGUUUAAUGAAUUGUAUGUUGCAUUUAUAAUAUUUCGAGCUAGAAAGAUGAAUAUUUUAAAUCUUAUUCAUAUUGUUACAUUAGUACGAGUAUUAAUUAUAAAGAUAAAGUGAUAGAUAAAAAAAUUCAGCUUUCGUUAUUACCGUUGAUGGUGGAGCUUCUCAAUAUUACAUAUAAAUUGAAUGGAUUGUCCUAAUAACAAGUUCCUAUAAAAAGAAUCACCCUGUAUACAAUUAAUACGUAUAUACUUGCAAUCCUAAAUGUAGAAUAUUAUAUUGGUUUGAAAAUCUUUAAGGUUUUCAAAAAUAAAUGAUUGAAAUUUG